UGUGGCCUAAAGCGGCGAGCGCCGUUGCUGUGUUAGCAACAACUGGGUAAUGUGGAGCUGACUUCCAGCCGAAACACCACAUUCAAAUAAAUAUUAUUUGGCUAUACGCGUUUUUUACACAGCUGCACUUGAGCCAACAUGCCUCCGAAGAAACCCGCCCAGCCUGCGGGAAAUAAAAAAACCCAAGAGAAGAAAAAGGAAAAGAUAAUUGAGGACAAGACAUUUGGCUUGAAGAACAAGAAAGGGGCCAAGCAGCAGAAGUUCAUCAAGAACGUAACCCAGCAAGUCAAACAUGGACAACAAAGUGCCAGACCGGGCGAUGCAGAUAAGACCAAUAAAAAGACCGACAAGAAGAAAGAAUUGGACGAACUCAAUGAGCUAUUUAAACCUGUAGUCGCCGCCCAGAAAGUCAGCAAAGGUGUUGACCCAAAGUCAGUGCUGUGCGCGUUCUUUAAGCAGGGCCAGUGUACUAAAGGUGACAAGUGCAAGUUCAGCCAUGAUUUGUCAAUGGAGAGGAAAUGUGAGAAGAGAAGCGUCUACGUGGACGAACGAGAUGAAGACCUGGAGAAAGACACCAUGGACAACUGGGACGAAAAGAAGCUGGAGGAGGUGGUCAACAAAAAACACGGAGAGGCUGAGAAGAAGAAAGCCAAAACACAAAUUGUGUGUAAGUACUUCCUGGACGCCAUAGAGAAUAAUAAGUACGGCUGGUUCUGGGUGUGUCCAGGAGGGGCCGAUAUCUGCAUGUACCGACAUGCCCUUCCACCCGGCUUUGUGCUGAAAAAAGACAAGAAGAAGGAGGAGAAAGAGGAUGAAAUUUCGCUGGAGGAACUCAUAGAAAACGAGCGUGCAGCUCUCGGUGCCGAUGUGACCCGGAUCACCCUGGAGACCUUCCUGGCUUGGAAGAAGAGGAAAAGGCAGGAGAAGGUGGACAAAGCGAGGGAGGAGAUGGAGAAGAAGAAGGCCGACUUUAAGGCUGGAAAAUCGCUAGUGGUGAGCGGCCGUGGAGGUGUUUCGAGUGUCCGUCCCAAGAGUUGGUCGACCGUGAUGAUGCUGAAGCCCGAUGACCACUCGAUAUGCACCGAUGAUGAGGGAAACGAUGAUAUGGAAGAGAUCAGUAGCACAGAGUUUCAGGACAUAGACUUAUCCCGUUUCGUUCCACAAGAGGUCGACAACACAGGCAUUACCGUAGCAUCUACGGACCGCUUCACCUCCAGGAAAAAGACUCAGCCGACGGAAACAGACAAUGAGGAACUGCUGAACGGAGCUUGCGGUGGCGCUGAGGCAAACGGGCUUUCGGGAGCAGAGGGAGGCGGGGAGGACGGAGGAGGGGAGGACGAAGAAGAGGAGGAGGAGGUUCCAGUGGAUGAGAACCUCUUCACGGGAGAAGAUCUGGAAGAGCUCGACGAGGAACUCAACACAUUGGCGCUGGAGGACUGAGAGGGAAGCACGUGAGAGGGAGGGAGCGUGAGGUGGACGUUAGGACGGACUUUGUGACAAAGGGAAGGACAGAUGGAUGCAUGGAGCUAAACAACAAAGAGACCAGAUGUUUGAAUGAUUUUAAAUUUCAGAGACUCCAGUAAUAAAGCCUGAUUAUAUCACGACA